UGGGAUACCAGCCUUCGUCCUCCCCUGAAGAGCUCCAGGUGAGCCAGGGGCUGAUGGAGCAGCAUCAGCCCGCCAACGUGGACCCGAUGCCUGGCCAAGGGCCCGGCCGGGUCCCUGGGCCUCUGGAGAGUCCUGCUGCUGCUAACAUGGCUAAUGCUAACGGCAACAGAACAGUCGUGGUUCCUGGUUUAACCCUCAAGAAGGAGCAGGGAGACAGUUUGACCAGAGCGGUGUUACUGGUGGACCCGCCACUCAACAACAUGCCAAUAAUCACAUUGGUUUCAAACCCUGAUGUCAAGGAUGUCUCCAUGGCAACCAUGAAGCCUAACAGCUCCCCUGGAUCUCCACUGCCUUAUGACAUGAUCUCCAAGACGACCGUCUCCGUUGACAACAGCCUCACCCGCGGUUACCGGGGCCACCAAAAACCACUCAAUCCUCCAAACACGUACUUCCCGCUGCGGCAGCCGGAGCCCGGCCAGGCGAGUUACCUGACGACCGUCGGCCCGACAGAGUCUCUGUCCGUGGGCUGCAGCACAGAGGACGAGUGGGAGGGAAUCAAACCAGCAACCUUGAACCACAGGGGGUCAAGGAGGAGUUACAGAGGGGGAGGAGGGGGGAGAGGAAGGGGAGGCCAUGACCCAUGGAGGGGGGGCCACAGGAGGAGAGGAGGCGAUGCAGCCAUGGGGAUUAACUAUGUCCAGUUUAGCUCCUCCCACCGGGGGAGGGGCCGGGAGAGAGGAUACUAGCUCUCAGCCAAUGAGAGGACAGACACUGGAAGGACUUUUUUUCUUUCCUAAAAAAAUCUUUUUCUUCAACAGAAAGUCAAAUAUCUGAAUCUCGAGUAUCCCUCAGCCACGGCACAGCUGAGAGCUUAGCGUGUUGCUUUUGACAUAUUUGAGCAAAAAAAAAAAAAAAAAAGGCAUUGCCCAAGUUGACAAGCACUUCUGAUAGCACUGUGAGUAAAACCGGAGCGUUUUACGAAAAACAAAGUGUCAUAAAGCGACAAAAGUCUGGUUUCUCAUUGUUAAAUUUGACCGUAGCUUUAAGAGUUGUAUUGCUGCUAUAAAUCUACAGCAGUUUUUCGGGACUCUGGUUGAGUCAGACAACAAACAGAAGCCGUGUGGACUUCAUUUCUGUAGAUUUUCUUUUUUUUUUAAAUUGUCAGAUUGUCCUGUUGCUGCUGGUUUCCUGUCGUGUAUUUGUCUUGUUUUCUGUCACAGGGAAUAUUUUUCCGUCUCUCGUCACCUUUUUGAUCAACUCAAAAACUCUAGCGAUUCAGUGCCUUACGUUUGCUACUUCUUACUGUUGUACUUGUUUUUCUUGAGUUUGAGGAGCUCUGCUGUACAGAGCAGAGGGCUGUUGUCAGUGUUGCAUUUUUCUAUGUGGUUGAAUAAAUAAAACGUUGGUUAAAAAGAA